AUGUCGGGUGGUGUAGCCCCUUCUACAUUCUCCACCCUCCUUCGCCGCUCAAAGUUUGCCUCUUAUGAUCCCGUCAUCAACCAAGUCUACACCAGUUAUGGCGGUUUCGCACACCGUGGUCACUGGGGUACCAAACGCGACCUCCCUGGGAAAAGAAAACACAAAGUUCAAGACCCACUAGUAUCAUCAUCUGGAGGGCGCGGCAGUGCUCGAAGGAACCCCGUUGCGUUCGUAUCUGCGCUCGACUCGUCAGAAGGUCAGACCGAAUGGUCAUCUGCAGAAAAAGAUGUGCGCUGGCUACGCCGCCUCGAAGAACUUGGCUUUGGGACUCGAUUGAACGAUAUGAGCGCCUGGAGUAAACGCGUUGGAAGCUAUAGCGGUAGAGCCAUUGGAAAUGUCGACUCCGAGUUUGGCUCAUCUGAAUCCGAGACCAGUCAGCAAAUGUCGAACGCGCUACCCAAUAUCCAGUCGAUGUCGGAGAGGCAGUUCAAGUCCUACAUAGCCAAGUUACGUAGCCAGCGUGAAGAGUUCCACAAAUUUCUUCAAGAAACCGGGGUGACGAACGAGGAAGGCGAGAACCGACCGCUCCCUAUGUAUGCAUACGCUCAGGUGACAUCGAAUCAUCAUACUCGAUUCCUAGCGCAUAUGAACCACGAAGCCGCGACACAGCCGACUUCAAACACCCUCACACCGGUACCACACCCCUCGGGUGGGUUGGAUUACCUCAAUCCCACUCCCCUCAUGAGCCAACUCUUGUUCCCGAACCCUGUCAAGGGCCGCUAUGUUCAAUCCCCCGACAGGGCCCCCAGAAUGGUGUCAACCCAAAAAUACGACAGCAAUGCUGUCGUGAGUAUUGCCGGGUACAAUGCAGUCUUGCAACCUGAUGAUUCUAGUGCCACUACUCAAGCAGUAAACUGGAACAAGCUCGCCGAGCGAGAUUUCUCGCAACCGCCGGAGCAAGCGUCCAGUGAUUAUCGAGUCGAAGAUCUGGAACUUUACGAAGUCCCUACCGUGGUGGGCAAAUCGCGCCAGGGUAUCCAAAACCGAGAUCAAAAUACGCGUGCGCGAUUAUUCCAAACGCCGAUUCGAGCGUGCCAAUCCUCAUCGUCCUGGGACUUUCGAAUAUGUGUCUCACGUCGACACUCGUAUUUUAAACGCAGACCCCAUCUCGUUGAAGUCGACAGAAAGGUGGAGUGCACAACCAAAGACGCCUAUGCAAUCAUAUCAGGAGAAAAAGGCGAUACCUCCAGGCCUAUGAUGGAAUUGCUAGACCAGCUGCUAGAUAUUGCACCUCCUGGCAAAGGAAAGCUUUAG